AUUCAAAUGGUUCUCAACAGGUGGUAGCAAAAUGGAAGAGUAGUGAGUGUGCUAGGCGACAAGUGAGGUUAAGGUGUAUAAAUAAGUAGUUAAAAUUUUAGGAUUUGCGGUUAAUAAAUGAAUAUUCGUUGUGCCAUUUUAUUCAUAGGUUUUUAUUUCACUAUCUUCUGAGUUUUCAUCGACUGAAGACAACGAAGCAUCAAUUAUUUUAUAAUUCUACAGGUACAAAUUGAAGCAAUACAAUGUCUUUUCCGGAUUCUGAAUUGUCCGAUUUGUUGGAAAGAGAUGAUCGGGAGGCACUUUAUAAUAAUGUGCAUGAUAUCGUGAAUUAUGUACAAGAUACUUUAUAUGAUCCUGGUUUGUCGCAAAAUAUGCCCAAUGCAUUUGGUCCAUUAGAAGGAAAUGAAGAGAGUUUGAUUCUGAAGCAAGAGAUUUUCAAUGAGCUAUCAAGUAUUCCAAGCAAUUCAUUCCCAACCGGUUUGCCACCAGUAUACAGUGCCCAAUUGAAAGUUUGUAAUGAAGAAUAUGCUGGACCAUAUGAUUUUGAUGUUUCCAUCAUACCAAAUGGAACCAAAAAUCCUUGGGUUUAUUCUCCUUCACUCAAAAAAGUAUUCAUUGAUAUGGGUGCACAUUUCCCUGUAGAAUUCAGACACACAUCUCAAAGUACUGAAGGUCUCUAUGUGAGAGUCAUGCCAAGCUUUAGUUCCUUACAACAUUCCCAGGAAUUGGUCUUCCGAUGUGUUCAACACGAACAACCCCAUCUCGGUCUCAAUAAAGGUGUUCCUCCUCACGUUAGUCAGCACAUUAUACGCUGCUCGUCCAAUGAAAAAACUUUUUAUUUGGGUGAUCGUAAAACCAAUCAGAGACUUUCUGUACUCUUUCCUCUCUCUCAUCCUCAAACUGGAACCGAUGCUGUAAGAGAGAUGUUUGUAUUUGUUUGUAAGAGUUCAUGUCCAACAGGCAUGAAUCGUAAGCCAAUAGAAAUUAUUUUCACCCUUGAAAAUUCCAAUGGUGACAUAUUAGGCAGGCGAAUUCUAAAUGUAAGAAUUUGUAGCUGCCCCAAACGGGAUAGAGAAAAAGAAGAAAAAGAUUCAGUAAAUAAAUCUUCAGCACCCCAAGGUAAAAAAAGGAAACUGGAGAUGAAAGAGAAGAAAGGAGCGGGUGAGACAGAGCCCAAAGAUAAAAAUGUGCAGAGCGCAACGAUUGAAGUGCCCGGUAAACUGAACUUACUGCAAAUCCUAAAAUUUAGUAGAGAUCUCAUGGCCGGAGAGAUGGUUCGCAAUCCACAGAAAAAUGAACAAUAUGUUGAUGCUUAUAAAAAAUUACAAGCUCAAGUCGAUCAUCUGCAACAAUGAGGCUCAGAUAGUGUAAAAUAGAUUCUUAUGAUCUCUGAAAUAUUUUUAUCAUCAUUUUUGGUUCGAAAACUUCUUCAAACUGUAUUUCCCAGGAACCUUCUUUUGAACUUGAAUGUUUCACCUGAAUAUAAGUCUCAGAACUUAAUUUUUGAUUUGAUAUUCAAUACGAUUCCGGCAUUUUCAUUAAAUGAGAAUAUUUUCAAUGUUUUAAAUAAAUUGUCCUCAUAUAAAAAUUUUAGAAGAAAUUAUCACCUUUAGGAACACCUUUUGGAUUUUCACCAAUAUUAGAAUUAUAUUUGUUUAAUAUUUUGAUAUAAUUUUUUUUUUCAUUACAAUGGUUUGUGAUAUAGCUUUUCAGUGAAAAGAAUUGAAUAUUUUUUCCCAAUUUCUUAGUAGUGAUUAUAUAUUAAUAAGUCAAAUUUAAUAAAAAAUUGUACUGAGAAAUGGAUUGGUGCUACAUUAAGUUGAAUAUGCUUUAAUUGUUUUUUAAUUUGUUUUGAUAUCAAUGAAUAUACUUGUUAAUUGAAUAUUAAUAUUUAGGACCAAGUACUCUAGGAAUGUCUUUAAGCAAUAUUACGUCUUCCAUAAGAGUAGCUUUAUUGAAUUUGUUGAUAUAUCUUAAUGAAGAAAUAUAAAAACACAUUGAUAAAAUUGUAUUUACGAAGAAGUGAUUGGACAAAAUAAUCAUUAGUUUUACUUUAUUUCAUUGCUCAUUAGAUUUAUCUUAAUAAUAUUAUAAUUUUAAUCUUCUUUUGUUUGUAAGUACUUUUUAUGUGUUCUUAUUUACAUUUCAAUAAAUUGUCCAUGUUCU